AUGUGGAUCGUUCCAACAAUUUGCAACACAUUCAUUCUAUUGCUAUCACUCCUAGGGAUCCAAUACCACUUGAACAUUUUCAAAUAUCCACUCUACCUCACAAUCCCAUUAACAUUAGGUGUAUACAUUCCAUUAUCAAUCAUCUUUACCCUACCCACCGACUAUGUGCUACACAACAUCAAAGCCACUGAUAAAUUAUCCUGGAUCAAUAUGCCAGACAAGGUGAUUCUAUACAUUUGGAAGUCCAACUACUGGACCACAUUUAUCCUCACCUGGUUGAUCUUACCAAUGUUGCUAGAGUAUUACAGAUCGGGACACAAGGAUACUAUCCGCAAGAUCAAGGACUCAAUCCGAGAAAAUAUCAAGUUCCAACUCAUUAUGCUCGGUGUCUCGCUCAUAGGGUUGAUUUACCUUCUCAUUGAAGUAAAGUUGAGUUUCAACCACUUGAAGUUGAUGGUAAUUGCAUUGUCGCAUAUAUACACACUCAUAUUGGCUACAUGGCUUAUGGGACACGGCUUAACCAACAUUCCACGAAACAAGUGGAUACAGGGCUCUGUUAUUCUGAACUUGAACCACAACUACUUGAGAGUUCCAAAACUCGUGGACGAAUUGGAAGACACAAAAAUCUCAUUUAGAGAGGAUGUACUCAAGGUGAUUGUCCUAAAGCAAAACUAUACAUCGUCAUCAGAGGAAGACUUUCAAUUUAGAGACUGGAUCAUCAAGUUGUACGACUCAAUACCGGGAGAUAUCAAAGAGCACGUGGAAAAACAGUACCUUCACGAUAAUACCACCAUUGACAGAGACCAGCUCACAGAACAGUAUAUGACAAAAUUGAACGCGCUGUUUAAAAUGAAUUUGCAUAGACUAAUUGGAUACCAGUCUGAAUUCAACAGACUUGUUUCCAAGAUCAUACGUCUCGAAGAUGUUCUCAAUGCUGUGUCGACGAGGGAGUUGCGAUUUAGAGUGGACAAUUACCGUGUAUUGUGGUCACCUAAAUUCAACUUUAUUUAUUGGACAUACAUCCAGCCAUGGGCAAACAGAAUAUGGUCGAUUGUACUUGCCACAAUCUCCUUGAUCAUCUUGCAAUCAGAGUUUUUCCAUUCAACAAAACUAUCAUUGCUCAACGUCUUGAUCUACACUACAGGCAUGAACAAGUACCCCUUGUUACAAUUUGUCGUGUCCUCGUGCAUAUUCUCUUACAUGCUCUUUGCAGCGCUCAAUUCCUUGACCCAGCUCAAGAUUUUCAACAUGUAUCACUUGAUCCCAAGAAACUCGGACCCUGUGCUGGCAUGUUGGUAUGUGAUGUAUAUUGCGAGAUUGACCAUCCCAUUGAGUUACAAUUUCAUUACACUUUUCGUCAGUCGAGAGUCAAUCUUUGAGACAUGGUAUGGUGAGUCUGUUCAUUUAACAGGUCUUUUCAAUUUGUUGAACAACUGGAUUCCCAGAUUGAUCUUGAUCCCAGUGCUCUUGACAUUUUUCCAUGUUUAUGAUAAGUUGAAGAAAAAAUUGGGAUUCGGAAGCGACUUUGAUGCAUGGAUUUUAUUCGACGAAGACAACGAGGCCCAAGAUGAUAAUGAUUUGGGCAAGCGAUCUGAUUUGCUUAUAGUUGAAGCCAAGAGGAUUAUUGCGAGAGAAAUGACAAAAAGAGAACAACAAUUGCGUCCAUUCCACUUGACCAACAAUUCUGCUGCCGACGAGAUUGACCCAGCAGAUAUCAACUAUGAGCGCAAUAGACGGCAAUUUACCGAGAGCAUCAACAAUCGUAUUGAUAGUAUUCCUUUUGAAAAUGUGGAGGACGAAGAAUCGAUAUAUUACAACGGCACGGUGAAUGCACCGCAAAAUGGAUUCUGGGGAAGAGUCAGCAACACUGUGAAUGGAAUACUUGGAAGAGACCAGAGGGGGUUUGGCCUGCAAAGACGGCCAUACACUGAUGAGCCAUUGGAUGAUUUCAACUAUGACGACGAUGCUCGUGAGAAUCCUACAUUAUAG